AAGAAAAAAGAAAAAAGAAAAAACAAAGUUCCAAAAAAAAAAAAAGGAGAAGAAGAAGCCAAAAGGCGAGUCAUCGGGAAGGAGGAGAAGCAGUGGGAAGGGAAGAGAAGCGAUCGUCGGUCGUGGAUAUGAUAUGAGGCUUUCUUACUGGAUUUGAUUGAUUUCUUCAAAGGCUGUGGUUUUCGCUUGCAUGAUUCAGAGUUCCUUAGUCGAACCUGAUCUAUAUCUACAUCUAUACACACAUAUAUAUAAUAUUGGAAAUUUGGAUCUUCACUUUCUCUGCGCAGCUUCUGUUCUCUGCUGCUGUACGCUGCUCCCUGCAUUUCACCUCUGAAUCUGAUCUUUGCUGCCGAUCGCUCCGUUCCACUUUUUCUACUUCGCAGUCGUAGUCGCAAUAGGUGGUGGACGCAUGUCUGCUGCUCUUCCCCUUUGAUUAUUGAUCAGUUUCUCCAUCCAUGAGAUGAGAUGGAUCCUUGAAUUGCUACUAGAUCUGGAUUUUCUCACUUUUGCUGGAGAUUUGUGUUCACUGCCAACUCCAAAUAUUCUUACUUUCCAGGCAGACAAAGACCUACGUUUGGAUUUUUAGUAGGUCUUCACUCAUAGAUCAUGUGGAGAUUUAAACCGUUCAUGCAGAAAGAGCACAAUGGACUAGAAGGCCGUGCUGUUGACGUUGGAAAUCUUAAGAUUCACAUCCGAAAUGCCAUAGCAGAGGGUGGAUUUUCUUGCGUUUACUUGGCACGGGAUGCUUUGCAUGCAUCUAAGCAGUAUGCACUGAAGCACAUGAUCUGUAACGAUGAGGAAUCUCUAGAACUUGUGAUGAAGGAGGUAUCGAUGAUGAAAUCUCUCAAAGGACAUCCCAAUGUUGUCACGCUUCUUGCUCAUACGGUCCUGGAUAUGGGACGGACUAAGGAAGCAUUGCUUGUGAUGGAAUUCUGUGACAAGUCCCUGGUUAAUGUGUUGGAGAGCAGAGGAUCUGGAUAUUUCGAGGAAAAACAAAUCCUUUUAAUUUUCAGGGAUGUAUGUAAUGCAGUUUUCGCAAUGCACUGCCAGUCGCCACCCGUUGCCCAUCGGGACUUGAAGGCUGAGAAUCUUUUGUUGGGAUCUGAUGGACUGUGGAAGUUGUGUGACUUUGGAAGUGCCUCAACUAAUCACAAACGCUUUGAAAAGCCUGAAGAAAUGGGUAUUGAAGAAGACAAUAUCAGGAAGCACACGACACCUGCAUAUAGGGCCCCUGAGAUGUGGGAUCUAUAUCGGAGGGAGCUGAUAAACGAGAAGGUGGACAUAUGGGCUCUAGGUUGCCUCCUCUUCCGUAUAUGUUACCUAAAAUCUGCGUUUGAUGGAGAGUCAAAAUUGCAAAUCUUGAACGGGAACUACCGCAUUCCGGAGUUGCCAAAAUACAGCUCGUUGAUCACGAACCUAAUCAAGGACAUGCUUCAAGCAUCUCCAGAUGCCAGACCAGAUAUCACCCAGGUGUGGUUUCGUGUUAAUGAGCAGUUGCCUGUCAAUUUCCGGAAAUCUUUGCCAGAUCGGCCCCCAGAAAUGCUUUCAACUGAUGCUCACGAAGGUAAUGCUAAGCCUGCAAAUAAGGUAUCCCCAAUGCCCCGGAGAAGUCCACCUCCCCCACCCUCAUCUGGUGAAGCAGUCAAACCAUCACAGGGUUCAAGAGCUGGGGGAGGUGGGGUUCGGCUUGGUGCUUUCUGGUCUACUCAGCAUGCAAAGGAUGCAGCUUUUGCUGAGGAAAGUGCUGGCUCUAAGUUUGACGAAGAUCCAACCAGCAAUAGAACAUCAAGGCUUGAUGGAAGUCAUCAAGAUCAUCAAAAUCUUGCUAAUAAAACGAGGCCCUCCAAAGAUGCUAAUGCACAGCUUCAUCCUGUUCACAGAAAUGCUCCUGCAAUGUCGCAGCAUAGAGCUGAGGGCAGCCAUCCCAAGGACUUUGAGAUUAACUUUUUCCAGAAAGAGUCGGUGGGUAGCACUGAGAGACGGACUGCAUCCACAAAUGAGAGUGCAACUGCAUUUCAAGAUGAGGCUUUCAAUACCUUUGUUGCUGAAUUUGAUAGCAAAAGGCUCAGCUCCGCAAUGAGCAAUAAUGCCAAAUCCGACAAAGAGGAAGACUUGGAGGCUGAGGUAGAGAAGCUAAAAGAGCAGCUGAAACAGGCUACCUUGGAGAAGGGUGAGAUGACAUCUAAAUAUGAAAAGCUAUCUGCUAUCUGCCGAUCGCAACGCCAGGAAAUACAGGAACUCAAGCAAGCUCUCGCUUCACGUACUCCAUCGCCAAAAAAGGAUGCUACGGGAAACCAAGCUCCCACUAGAGUUGAACCAUCUGCUUGCACAGUGCAGCAGCAACGAGAGCAAAUUGCAGGGACUGUCUUCCAGCAAGAGAGGUUUAAAAAUAGGGUCCCAAGCCCUGAGCCGAAAUCAUGGCAGGCUUUUGAGGAGGAUCCUAAGCCGCAGCAGCCACUUUCAAGGGAUGGUGCUUCCAGAUGUGUCAGGACGAGAAAUGGUCACCAGACUAAGCAGGGAGCUCCUCAAGUGGCGUCUGAUUUUGACACAUGGGGUUUUGGAGCAGAGAGCUUCACGGCCACGCCGGCUGCUGCUGCCAGUCCACAGAUAUCGAGACCCAUUGAUGGAGGCAACCUUUCCCGGCGGUUUGGUGAGUCAAAGAUCACAGAGAGCAAGUCAGAUUCUCAGCCCGCAGGAUGGGCUGGUUUUUAAUGUAAGCUGCCCGGGAAAUAUAUUUGUGUACACAUUAAAUGAAUAUGAAUAUGAAUAUUAGGGGAAGUGAUUUUGCACAUCAUUUCCUCCCCGGGACUUGUAGCUGAGAUUCAAGGUAAAAUGUAUUUGAGAAGAGACGAUGUUAUGCAUUUAUUUCGGAUGGAAUGGAACUUCUGCUGGUUUUUCUCUCUGUCGGAUCUGAUCGGGCAGAGAGUUAAUACAUUGUUCAAAUAAAAUAUGAUAUAAUUCUGGAA